AUGGCCCCUGUUCGCACUAGGAAAAAGGGAAGCAAACCCCUGUAUUCCUCCCCCUACAAGCGGAACAUUGGCGUCAUUCUCCGCCAGCGCCCUAUUUUACCUUCUCUCAAGCCUUUCGUCCCCGCUCUUCUUACCAUCCCCGCCGUCUCCGCCGCUGGGAAAGUGGGAAUCCCACUCGAGAAAUUCUUAGCAUCCUUCUCUAUCUCCUCUGUAGAGAAAAUUCGCAUCCCGUCAGCGGAGAAAACCCCCACCCCGUCCACCGAGAAAGAUAGAACCUCGCCGCAAAGACUCGUCGCAACUGCUCCCACAUCUGCACACAAAUACAAAUACGUCCCCGCCGAAAUCAGCCCCACCACCGAAAAGGGCACACCCCAGCCGCAAGAAACCCCAACCUCGGCCUCCAGUGUCGUCGCCAUCAGCAGUCCGCCGGCGGCCGCCAACGAGGCCAUAACGACCUGCAUUGCUGCUCGUGUUGGCCGCAAGCCCGUUGCCGCUCAAUACACAUUCAACGAGUCACCCGCUCUUUUUUCUCGCGGCUGGGGCAGAGCCAGGAAGAAUGUUGGCGGGCCCAUCCCCUUCAAGCUCUGUCAACGCCCUCCGGACAAUGGUGGCAUGCGGUUGCGCGAGGAUCCGGUGAAGCUGAAGGGAACGUUGUUUAAUGGCGGCAUGUUUGCAGGUUUCUUGAAGGAGAGUGCUGAAAGAGAGAAAGGAAAUGAAACAAGGGAGAGUGAUCAAAGGGGUAGUCCAAUGAGGCUGGAUUCACCGAUGAAGGAUGAGGCACCGAUGAAGGAGGACUCACCAAUGACGGUGUAUUCACCAAUGAAAUUGGAUAUGACAAUGCAAGUCGAUAUGCCAGUGCAUAUCGAUGUAUCAGUGCAUGAGAUUUUCAACGCUCCGCUUGACAGUCCUAAAUCACCAUACGUCAAGCCUAAAUUACCACAACUUUUCCAAAAACUCAUACCUACUCUCACCGCAGACCAGAGUGGAUCAAAGAUGAGCAACGUCAACAGCAAACUCUCCCCCGCGGACGCCAACCAUGAAGAGGAAUCUGACGAUGGGGAAGACUUCAACCAAAUAUCGCGCAUGGACGCUCACACCCACGUCGGCCAGAUGCCCUGGAUCGCCAACCACACCUACGUCACGACCGCCACGCGCGGCGUUGUCCCCGUCAGCAGCCACGUCCCCUCGCUCCUCGCCGCCAUUGAGCGUGGCAAGGGCCUGCUUGAUCUCGAGAAGCCUCUACCAGUUCCCCAGGGUGCUGGCUGUACUGCGACUCCAAACUGCCGCCAAAGCCUAGCCUACAAUGCUGUUGUCGAGUUCCUCACGCCGAAGGCUGAGACUAAGGAUGCCACGCCAAUGAUCGAGAAGAAAGAUGAGUUCGCGGCCUCGCCCGCGUUCAACUUGACGCAGAGGAGUGUCACGGAGAGGAGACUUGGGCCGAUUAAAGGGGCUGUGCAGGAGUUGGGUGAGAGGAGUAGGGUUAGAGUGGUGACUGCGGCAGACUGGGUGAAUGUGGUGGAGAGGUAUGGGGUUAAGAUGAGGAGGUUGUAA